UCUGCCCUCCGCCCGCCCUCCGCCUGCGGGGGGGUCUCGGCUCGGCCUCUGGGACCGAGGACUGUGCGGCGGGCGGUGCGACAGGGGUGAGAGGCAGAGAAGGGCAGCGAAGCUGGUCAAGGAUCUGGAGGGUGUGAUCUUCUUUUAGCAUUUUGGGAAAACAUGAAGAGAAGGACAGAACCCGAAUUUAGCAGCCCCCAAAAUAAGCAGAAGAAGAGGCUGGAAGACUUGGGAUUAACCCUGAGUUCUACUUCAGAUGAUGAAAAUCAAUUUAGUAAUCAUACUACUCAAGAGUCUUCCAGUAGCACCAGUGGGUCUGACAGUGAGAGUGAUGAAAAAAGACCAGUCUUCAGCAAUGAGUUCAAACAAGACUCUCUUGUGGAGGGUACUUCAUCUCGUUACUCAAUGUAUAACAGUGUCUCCCAAAGGCUUAUGGCCAAGAUGGGCUUCCGGGAAGGAGAAGGUCUGGGAAAAUACGGCCAAGGCAGGAAGGAUAUUGUUGAGGCCUCCAAUCAAAAAGGAAGGAGAGGCUUUGGCCUGACCCUCAAAGGAUUUGAAGGGGAGCUUAAUAUUGAUUGGCAGGAUGAGCCAGAGCCUAGUGCCUAUGAGAAGGUGGACUGGUGCCCUGAGUUUACCAUGGAGAUCCCAGAUGCCCAGGAGCUGAAGGAGUGGAUGACUGUGGGGAAGAGGAAGUUGAUGAUUGAAGAUGAAACAGAGUUCUGUAAUGAAGAGCUUUUACAUAAUGUCCUGCAGUGCAAGAGUGUAUUUGAUGAGCUGGAUGGAGAAGAAAUGCGUAGAGCCCGAACAAGGUCUAACCCCUAUGAGAUGAUCCGCGGAGCUUUCUUUCUCAACAGGGCUGCAAUGAAGAUGGCAAAUAUGGACCAUGUCUUCGACUACAUGUUUACAAACCCUAAGGACUACCAAGGGGUGCCUUUGAUAAAAGAGUAUGAUGCAGAGCUGCUCUACUUUGCUGAUGUGUGUGCUGGUCCCGGAGGCUUCUCUGAAUAUGUCUUGUGGAGGCGGAAGUGGCAUGCAAAAGGAUUUGGCAUGACCUUGAAAGGACCAAAUGAUUUUAAACUGGAGGACUUCUAUUCUGGUUCCAGUGAGCUCUUUGAACCUUAUUAUGGAGAGGGUGGGAUUGAUGGAGACGGAGACAUCACUCGAUCAGAGAAUAUUACUGCUUUUCAGAAUUUUGUGUUGGACAAUACUGAUCACAAGGGAGUGCAUUUCUUAAUGGCUGAUGGGGGUUUCUCAGUGGAGGGGCAGGAGAAUCUGCAAGAAAUCCUAAGCAAACAACUCAUGCUUUGCCAAUUCCUUACAGCACUGUCCAUUGUGCGAACAGGAGGACAUUUUGUCUGCAAAACCUUUGACUUGUUUACACCAUUCAGUGUGGGUCUUGUUUAUCUGCUGUAUUGCUGCUUUGAGAGAGUUUGCAUCUUUAAACCUGUGACAAGCCGCCCUGCUAACUCAGAGAGGUAUGUGGUAUGCAAAGGCCUGAAGUCAGGGAUUGAAGAUGUGCGGAGUUACCUCUUCACAGUGAACAUCAGACUCAACCAGCUGCGCAAUUCUGACUUGGAUGUGAAUCUUAUUGUCCCACUGAAUGUGAUCAAAACCAACCAGGAUUUCUACAAUUACAUUGUCCGAUCCAAUGAAAACCACUGCAGAGUUCAGAUAAAGGCACUAGCCAAAAUUCGUGCCUUUGUUCAAGACACGACACUGGUUGAGCCACGGCAGGCUGAAAUCCGGAAGGAGUGUCUCCAGCUAUGGGGGAUUCCUGAUCAGGCUCGUAUUGCUCCUUCAUCUUCAGAUCCCAAGUCCAAGUUCUUCGAGCUGAUUCAGGGCACAGACAUUGAUAUCUUCAGUUACAAACCCACUCCUCUGAAUUCCAGCACACUGGAGAAAAUCCGCCAAGUGUUAGAUUACCGGUGUAUGGUGUCUGGAAGUGAACAGAAGUUCCUCUUGGGAUUAGGGAAAUCACAGAUCUACACUUGGGGUGGUCGCCAGUCAGACCGCUGGACAAAGCUGGAUUUGAAAACUGAGCUGCCACGAGAUACUCUUCUCUCUGUGGAGAUUGUUCAUGAGCUGAAAGGAGAGGGGAAAGCCCAGCGAAAAAUCAGUGCCAUCCACAUCCUUGAUGUCUUGGUACUGAAUGGCAAUGAUGUUCGAAUGCAGCAUUUCAACCAGAGGAUUCGGCUGGCAGAGAAGUUUGUCAAAGCUGUUUCUAAACCCAGCCGGCCAGAUAUGAACCCCAUCCGAGUGAAGGAAGUGUACAGAUUGGAAGAAAUGGACAAGAUUUUUGUGAGGUUAGAGAUGAAAGUCAUCAAGAGUUCAGGGGGAAUGCCCCGGCUGUCCUACACUGGCCGAGAUGACCGGCAUUUUGUGCCCACAGGACUCUACAUCGUACGGACUAUGAAUGAUCCCUGGACAAUGGCAUACAGCAAAAACUUCAAGAAGAAAUUCUUCUUCAACAAAAUGACCAAUGUAGCAACAUACAACCUCCUUCCUGAAGCCAUUGCACCCUUUCAUGUCUGCCAUUACAGCCGCCUCUUCUGGGAAUGGGGGGAAGGUGUCAAAGUGCACGACUCUCAAAAAAGACAAGAUCCAGAGAAGCUAUCAAAGGAGACUGUCCUGUCUUUCAUCCAAGCCCACUACCCCUAACCCUGCUCUCUUGAGGGUGCAGGGAGGGGCUGAGCCCAGCUUGGACUCUUCAGGAACUGAUGGGACUGGGAAGGCUCCACAUCUUCUAUCCUGGUAUUCUCCAGAGUUGAUUUCCUGGAGAUGAAGGAACCAGAGGGUGGUAUGCAGAAGGCACAGGAUGAGGCUUUACCCUGGUAGUGUAUAUAAGUACAGCCCAGAUAGCACCUGGUGCCAGAGUACCCAAGGUGACUCCUGGAGCUGAGGCCUAAUGUCCUUUUGUCCUGACGUACUGCAUGCAUGAGGCCAAAGGGCUGACAGCUUUCUUUGCUCCUGUUCAAACAUUCUGCAGGGUUUGUGGAGCUCUGUGUAUGCCAGAACUCCUCAGGUUUCUGCUUCUCUUGCAAUGUGGGAAGGAGUAGAGAUGUUUUGAUGGCAGAGCUGAGCAAUUGCACAUUGAAGCAGCCCUGCAUUGCUCCCGGCAGCUGUCUCCUUGGCCUUGUCAAAGGCUUUGACUACAGUGGAGGGUGUUAAGUCUUUGGUGAGCUGUGGGCAAAAGUUAUAUAUUCUUGUUGGUGUCUCUAACACUUCUGUUUAUCAAGGCACUCAGCUAGCCACUGGCAAUUCUUAUCUAUGGUUCCCUGUUGAACAAAGGCCAAUGCAGGUGUGGCACAGAUCUGAUAUGCUUACACCUCUGCAAGCUGCUUUGAUAGGGAUUUCCCCUCUCCAGGUUAGUGACUGAUGCCAAGCCAGAAGUCUGGGACUAAUUUGUGAAAAUGUACCAUGGUUGGUGUAUGUGCUUCAUGGUACUUCUGAGACCAAGGUGUUUUGAUUCUUGGUACUUAAUAUUAUUACCUAAACCUUCAGGGAGGAAUAGAUGUGGGAGGGAAGACACAGAAAAGCUAAGAUGCUGAAGUGUCUGGAAGAAAUGAUGGGAAUUUCUAACUUUAAAAAGACCUAGGACUUCAAUAGAAAGAUAUCUUGACUUUACCCAUGCAGGUUAAUCAGAAGCAAUCCUUGUCCCCUGUGGCAAUGGAAAGGUUACUAGACUUUCCCUUUAAAAUACCAGAGUGGCUUUGAAAUCCUCUGUAUCUCAUUUGGCUCUGGAACUGCAUCUGAAGUGAAGGCACAGAGCUGAGAAACUUUCAGUUUGGCAUUUGUGUCAAGACUUCUCCAUGCGCUUCUGUGCCAGGCUCAAAGUUGGCUUCUGUUGCAUCUUUUACCUUUACUUCUGACUUCCAUGGUACUUUGCCAAGUCUUCCACAUAGGUCAGAAGGUAACACGUAGUUGAAUGCUUUUGGACAAGCAGCAAGAUAGUCCCCUUUUUUAAUUUUGGGUUUUUGGGGGUUUUUUUGUUAGUUUUUUUUUUUUGUUUGUUUGUUUGUUUGUUUUUUGUUCUUGGCUUGUUUUUAAACACAGAUUGGAAGUAGGGAGAAAAGUGAUUUAGGGGUUUGUCUGAACUGUGCCUUAAGGAAAGCUAUAGUUCUAGAAUCUAUAGCAGUUGUUUAGACUGUGUCUUUUUCUCCACAUCCAUAUGAAUGAUUUGAACAAGCCUGUGCAGCAAAACAGAAAUUUUGAUUUAGACACAGGUCUGUCAAAGUAGUUGAAGGACUGCAAUCCUCUUGGCUGAUCUGCAGACUCUCUCCACUCUCAAACUUUGGUAAGACAUGUAUGAAAGAAACAGUGGCUCUUUCCCCCUAAAAAGAGGUGUGUCAUUGGUAGCUUUGUCUUGGCAAAGGCACUUCCAUGAGGAAUGGGGGGUGGAAUCUCUCCCAGGGGGCAAUAAAGUACCUCAACCCCUGGUGUCCAGGCCUGUAUACAGUUGGCUUUUUAAACCAACCAUCAGUUUGAGUUCUAAAGACCUCGGUGGAUUGCACUGAGGCUGUUUCAGUGCCAGUAAAGCAUGCUGCUCCCUCUGCCAGGCUCCUUCACAGAGUGUUUUGUCCUCAGCUCAGAACUUUGACUACUGUGGGCUAGAAGAGUGACUAGGAAGUAGGAUCAGUGUAGACCUUGGAGGGUACAAAAAAACCUGAUCAGUCUGCAGGCUAGCUUUCAUGAAUGGAUACUUUGUUUACUCAGUUGUCUCUAGUUCCUCAUUUUAAUUUGCUUUUAUUUUUAUUUUUGAUGCACUCAAACUUGAUUCUAAAUCUCCCUUCAAGUCUGCAAGCAUGAGCCACCAAGCUACUUGCUUCCCUGCUGAGGGAUUUUGUUGGGAAUGGUGGGUGAGGAAGGUCUUGCUGAAGGGAGUGUAUAUAUAUGUUAAUUGCACAAUGUAUUGUUACUAGGCUUUGUAUUAUUUUGUGUUGACUUCUAUGCUUUCAUGUUCUAUAACCAAUACAGCCCCUUUAGUUCA